AGCAUCUGCAGGUGACAUGCUGCCUCUGGAGCGUGUCCUGCUGGCCGCUCUUCUCCUGUGGGGCGACAGCGCGCAAGCCAUCCAGGAACACCUUGUGUUCACUAUCAUCCAGAUCUCAUCCUUUGUCAAUCAGUCCUGGGCGCAGCAUCGGGGCUCAGGGUGGCUGGGUGACGUGCAGACUCAUGGCUGGGACAGCGACUCUGGCACCAUCAUUUUCCUGCACACCUGGUCUAAGGGCAACUUCAGUGACGAGGAACUCAUAGAUCUGGAGAUGCUGUUCCGUGUCUACCUCAUUGGAUUAACCCGGGAGGCCCAAGAAUAUGCCAGUCAACUGCACUUCACGUAUCCUUUUGAACUACAGGUGGUCGCUGGCUGUGAGCUACAUUCCAGUGACAUUUCAAAAGGCUUCUUGCAGUCAGCUUAUGAAGGAUCAGAUUUUGUGACUUUCCAAAACAUGUCCCUGGUGCCAUCUCCAGGAGCUGAUAGCAAAGCCCAGAGUGUCUGUUAUCUCAUAAACCAGUACGAAGGCAUCAAGGAAAUAGUGUACAGGCUCAUCACAAGCACCUGUCCCCGAUUUGUCUUGGGUCUCUUCGAUGCAGCAAAGGUGGAUUAUAAGAGGCAAGUGCGACCCGAGGCCUGGCUGUCCAUGGGCCCCACUCCCGGGCCUGGCCGGCUGCAGCUGGCGUGCCACGUCUCCGGCUUCCACCCCAAGCCUGUGCAGGUGACAUGGAUGCGGGGCAAGCAGGAGCAACAGGGCACCCGGCGAGGCGACAUCCUGCCCCAUGCUGACGGCACGUGGUAUCUCCGAGUGACCCUGGACGUGGUGGCCCGGGAGGCGGCCGGCCUGUCCUGCAGGGUGAAGCACAGCAGUCUAGGGAGCCAGGACAUCGUUCUCUACUGGGGACAUCACGUCCCCACGUACUUGAUCCUGCUGGCCGUGACGGUGCCCCUAGUGCUUCUCAUAGUCCUUGCGUUGUGGUUUCGGAAGCGCUGCUCCUAUCAGGACAUCCCGUGAGCUUCGUCUCCUCGCCUCCCCCAGCGGCUCCGGAGCCUCGGACAACAGACUGAUGAUACCCUUCUUUCCACCCUCCGUGUAAUUUUUUUUUCCUGUUUCUGCAUUAUGACCCCUUGUUCACACAAACUAGCUCAGUUCUGUGACUCUGUAUGGGACGCCUUGCUUGUAAUCUCCGUUUGGUCCAUAGUCCUGUGCUUUUGAAGCCCAUUCGGCUUCACAGCCUCCAGGGUGUUCCCUCAUCCGUACCCGGGAAGCCCUUCUUCAGCUCUGCUACACCGGCACCUCGUUUCUACCCCGCACGCCGUUACUCAGGUCUUUCUUCCCCUCCCAACGUGCAAGCUCCUUUGGGACAACGACCGAGACGAAGGUGCGUUUCCUGCAUGCAACAUAUGCUCAGUGAGAAUCAAACCCAAAUAACCCAUAUCCAAGUUCGAUUUCCUGACGUGGUUGCAGUAUUGGGAGGACUGACAUUUCCCUUCACGUUCCAGAGUGUCCCCAGCCCAGAAAGCCCACAUUCCUUUAGCUCCCUCAUUUUCUUCCUAACACGUAAGUGCAGCUUUGCUCCUUGCCCUCCUUACUUUGUAAAUACAAUGGGGCAACUCUCUCCAACUUACUCUAAACAAGAAGAGAGACUGAAUAGGCCACAUCUGCAGGGCAGGGGAGCAGGCAUGUUGCUGGAUGGUUAACAAAAAGGAAAAAGAGAACUGGUCCCCAGCAUUAGGAUGGGAUCAAGGCAAGGGAUGCAUGUGGAAGACAAGCCCCUAUCUAUCUCAGACACGCUCGUCUGGAUUUUGUUUCCUUUAAGUUUCAUUCACAAGCUCAAUACUUGUCAAGCACUGAACCUGAGACAGGAACACGCACCCGUAAAUCGGUGGGCGAGGAAACGGUGAGGGCCGUACCCCCCUGCCUGGAGGUACAAUGCCUACUUCUUCAGUCUACGUCCUUCGUCCUGGGUACAUCAUUUUGUUUCUUUUUAGGAAUUCUGAAUCAGUUCCAUAGAUAAGUUGACGCAUUUUACUGUAUGUAAAUGUAGAAUUUACGUACAGUAAAAUGCAUCAGUUUUAAGUGCGUGGUUCCGCUCCUUUUGAAAGACAUGUACACCCAUGCAAGCAAGACCACAAUCAAGAUGCAGCACAACUCAUCACCCUGAUAUAUCUGCACCCAUUUGCAGCUCAACUGUCAACGGGGCACCCUUGCAACUACUGGCAUGCUUACUUGUUAUAGUUAAGCUUACAUUUGUCUUUUCUAUAUUUUUUCUUUUUUUUCUUUUCUAUAUUUUUAUUAAAAUGAAAUCAUCUGUAUGUACUCUUUGUAUCCAGGUGUUUUUUCCCCCCACCUAGCAUAUGGUUGUAGGUCAGUCAACAUUCCUUGUUAUU